ACUACGAGCUUCACUCCCUCGACUUCUCUACUGCCUCUCUUCAGGGCAGCCUACACGAGCAGGUCUACCUGCGUCGACCUCAGGGCUUCACUGGUACCUUCCCCCCUAGGACCCAGUGGCUUCUCCGGCGCCCGGUCUACGGCCUGCGUCAGGCUCCUCGCGAGUGGCACGACACGCUGCGUGCCACGCUAGCAGACCUGCAGUUCUUUCCGUCCUCUGCUGACCCCUUGCUGUUUGUGCGUUCCGGCCAGACUCCGUUCUACAUCCUUGUCUACGUAGACGACUUGGUCUUUGCUACUGCUGACAGGGACGCACUGGCCUCUGUGAAGGCUGAGCUGCUGAAAAGACACACCUGCACUGACCUUGGAGAGCUGCGUCGCUAUCUUGGCCUGCAGAUCUCUAGGGACGGAGCAGCACGCACCAUCACUCUGACACAGUUACACUUGGUGCGUCAGGUCCUUCAGAGGUUUGGUCUUCAGUUCUCCUCCGCACAGCCCACACCUCUACCUGUACACCAUGGGCUCUCCGCUCCCGUUCCUCAGGAGCCAGUAGAGCCCAGUGGCCCCUACGCAGAGCUCGUGGGUUGCCUCAUGUACCUGAUGACUUGCACUCGCCCAUAUCUCGCAUACCCUCUCAGCAUCCUGGCUCGCUUUGUGGCUACAGGCAGACACCGACCUCAGGACUGGUCUGCCGCUAAGAGGGUUUUGCGUUAUCUUGCUAGUACAUCGGGCAUGGGGUUAGUGCUAGGAGGACGCAGGCCAGUGGUCCUUACUGGGCACACAGACGCUUCUUGGACAGACGACUCUGAGACGCUCAGGUCGUCGCAGGGCUACUGCUUUAGCCUUGGUUCGGGUGCUAUCUCUUGGAGAUCCACUCCCUCGUCGUCUGUGGCUCAGUCCAGCUACUUAGGUGAGCGGCCUAGCUCUGCCCCGGUCCUGUACGCUGACAACAGGGCCAUGAUACUCCUGUGUCAGGAGCCUCGGCUUGAGGGCAGAGCAAAGCAUAUCCAGCUGCGGUACUUCCUCCUGCGCGAGCUACAGCAGCGCCGCCAGGCCCGUGUAGUUCACUUGGCCUCAGGUGCCAACACUGCUGAUAUCUUUACUAAGGCGCUUGCGCCUAAAGAUCAUCAGCGGCACUGUGUACAGCUUGGUCUUGUUCCUGUAGCUACACACCUGUUAGGAUCCUGAUUGUGUACUCUCUAUUAUAUAUGCCUGUCAGACUGGCCUUGUGGCCUUACCUCAAGUGGCUGGACUAGUAGUGUCGCUCUGGCUUGCUUUAGUCUUAUUUGUACCCUUGCUGACUGGUCUCCAGACCCCUGCCUCAGUGGUUGGACUAGUAGUGCCACCCUGAGCUGUUUGCUUCUUGCUUAGCUUCACCUCUUGUCUAGCCUAGGGGGUGUGUCAAUUUAUACAUGUUAGCUGCGUACAAGUUAUAGGCUAGACUGGGGUAUGCUUCUAGUGAGUACAACCAACUAGUACUUGUUCUAGGUUUCCACUUCUAGUUCUAUUAUUAUUCAGUUCUUACUUUGACACCGCAUACUUCAAUACUUCUACGAGUUCCAUCGACUUUAGACGCUGGUUUUGUCUUUUAAGACAUAUUUAUCAUACACUUGAAAAAUAAAAGGUAGAAUCUAAUGUCAAACAGUGUUGUGCUUUUAUUUCUGAUAUUGGUUUUGGUGUCUUAAACUAUGACCUAAUUGAUCAAAAUGAUAAUCCAAAUUGCCCUUGUAUUGGAGAGGUGUACUACUCUAUGUGAUGAAACAAGGUACUAGAAAAGGUGUACUGAAAUAUUGGUUGCGGUCCACUCAUAGCAGGUACAGUGCAGGUCAAAUCCAGUCUUCUGCUGCUUUGCCAAGCCAAGAACUGCCAGCCAGGCAAGAAACUUUUCCGCCUUGCUGGAGUGCCAACAAUGCGCUACCUGCCCAUCAGGUAUGCUGCGAUUCUAGCGAGGGAAAUUGGGCUGCUGCUGCUGGUGCAGAUGUGUCGCAUGCUGGUGAAUGUUGAUGCGGCCCGCACCCCUGCUUCGCAGCCAAUUACAGAAAGGCUGGGUGAACGCCCCAAGCUGGUUGCUGCAACUACCGCCCUGACACAAACCGCCUACAGCUUUGACGGCGGACAAAGCGGUACACUGCGGUAAUGGAUCGUAAAAAUCUGUAACACAACCCACCCACAAAUGAAAGAAGCACUGAGAACCUUGUGUCGUGCAAUACGUCCGACUGAUGCAUUGCGGUGAUGCCAGUCUCAACAAGUUGAGUAGCAAUACCAAGAUGACAGUGCUUGAGCCAGUACACUACGAGAGAACACAUGAAACCUGAGGUUUCGUUGUCUUCCUGCAUUCGCUAUAGCCGGAGAUAUCAUACGCAUUGCCAGACUUGCGAGUUGUCGUGCUUGACGUAACGCGGAACGCAGUAGCGCCGGAUCAUUACAUCGCGAUUUAUUUGAAAUAUACGAUCAUUUUCCGAAGCCUAUCACAUUCGCCUACUUUAGCGACCUCGCGCCGCGGGAAUCAGCACGCUACGAGUGAUGAGGUGGUUACCGACGAUGGCGCGUGGAGAGGUUGCGAGGGCGGCGGUGGUAGCCUUGAUGGUGGCGCGCUGCUGCAUGCCUCUCGCACAGGCCGCACCCGUGUUGGACCCUGACAUGGACGCGUUGGAGGAUCUGGCAUCCGCAUGGAGCAGCUUGGACGGCUCGGCCACAUGGAGCAGAGGCACGGACUGCGACAGCAUGGCUGCUGUGUACUGCGACGACGACGGGCAUGUCGUUGCACUUUACAUCAAGUCCAGUGAGCUCACUGGCUCCCUCCCCCCUGCUCUCUUCACUCUGCCCAAUCUCGUACACGUGGUUCUCUCAGGCAAUCAGCUCACGGGCAACAUACCCGAUACAGUAGGAAGUGCAACAGGCCUUCAAUCCCUGCUUCUGGAUGCCAACCAGCUCAGCGGCACCCUGCCCUCCUCCCUGGGCAGCCUCUCUGCGCUCGUCAACCUCAUUCUGAGCACCAACGGUUUCUCGGGCUCCAUUCCGAAUUCCCUCAGCAAACUGACGUCGCUGGAGUACCUAUACUUGGACGCCAAUGCGCUGUCUGGCUCCAUCCCUGCCUUUAUCAGCAAUAGCCCUGGCCUCAAGCACCUUACAAUGGGUUUACAGGGCAAAUACCGGACUCCCUGGGCAAUGUCACCAACCUGGAGGCGCUUGGACGCGUUGGAGGAUCUGGCAUCCGCAUGGAGCAGCUUGGACGGCUCGGCCACAUGGAGCAGAGGCACGGACUGCGACAGCAUGGCUGCUGUGUACUGCGACGACGACGGGCAUGUCGUUGCACUCGAAGUGAGAAACGGCAACAUAUCAGCGUCUAUUCCUGAGAGCAUCACCGCCCUGGAAGAACUGUCAUGGCUUUACAUCAAGUCCAGUGAGCUCACUGGCUCCCUCCCCCCUGCUCUCUUCACUCUGCCCAAUCUCGUACACGUGGUUCUCUCAGGCAAUCAGCUCACGGGCAACAUACCCGAUACAGUAGGAAGUGCAACAGGCCUUCAAUCCCUGCUUCUGGAUGCCAACCAGCUCAGCGGCACCCUGCCCUCCUCCCUGGGCAGCCUCUCUGCGCUCGUCAACCUCAUUCUGAGCACCAACGGUUUCUCGGGCUCCAUUCCGAAUUCCCUCAGCAAACUGACGUCGCUGGAGUACCUAUACUUGGACGCCAAUGCGCUGUCUGGCUCCAUCCCUGCCUUUAUCAGCAAUAGCCCUGGCCUCAAGCACCUUACAAUGGGUUUACAGGGCAAAUACCGGACUCCCUGGGCAAUGUCACCAACCUGGAGGCGCUUGGACGCGUUGGAGGAUCUGGCAUCCGCAUGGAGCAGCUUGGACGGCUCGGCCACAUGGAGCAGAGGCACGGACUGCGACAGCAUGGCUGCUGUGUACUGCGACGACGACGGGCAUGUCGUUGCACUCGAAGUGAGAAACGGCAACAUAUCAGCGUCUAUUCCUGAGAGCAUCACCGCCCUGGAAGAACUGUCAUGGCUUUACAUCAAGUCCAGUGAGCUCACUGGCUCCCUCCCCCCUGCUCUCUUCACUCUGCCCAAUCUCGUACACGUGGUUCUCUCAGGCAAUCAGCUCACGGGCAACAUACCCGAUACAGUAGGAAGUGCAACAGGCCUUCAAUCCCUGCUUCUGGAUGCCAACCAGCUCAGCGGCACCCUGCCCUCCUCCCUGGGCAGCCUCUCUGCGCUCGUCAACCUCAUUCUGAGCACCAACGGUUUCUCGGGCUCCAUUCCGAAUUCCCUCAGCAAACUGACGUCGCUGGAGUACCUAUACUUGGACGCCAAUGCGCUGUCUGGCUCCAUCCCUGCCUUUAUCAGCAAUAGCCCUGGCCUCAAGCACCUCGUGCUGCAGUACAAUGGGUUUACAGGGCAAAUACCGGACUCCCUGGGCAAUGUCACCAACCUGGAGGCGCUGUCUGUGAGGGCCAACCACCUGACGGGACCCAUUCCGCCAUCACUGGGCAACUGCACUCGUCUGAUAGAGCUCGAUGUGGGUCUCAACAACAUCUCGGGUACCAUCCCCGCCACCCUUGGCAGCCUGCGAGGCCUCAAGUACCUGUACAUGGUUGACAACUUGCUGAGUGGUUCUCUGCCCAACGAGCUCUCUUCACUGCAGCAGCUGAAGCUCUGGGACACGAGCAGAAACUAUCUGUCAAUGGAGUUGCCUGCAUGGAUUGGCAGCCUGACGAACAUGACUGUCCUUAGCCUUGGCUACAACCGCUUCAACGGCUCCAUCCCAGAAGCCCUGGGCAACCUGCACAAGUUGACAUACCUCACCCUUGACUACAACAUGUUUUCAGGAUCCAUCCCCGAGUCACUUGGAGAUAUGACCGCCCUGGAAGCAUUGUUCUUGGAUGACAACUGGCUGUUUGGCACCAUUCCAGCCUCCCUGGUCAACCUAAACCGACUCACUACCAUAUCCUUGUCCGACAACUACCUUUUGGGAACGAUUCCUGCAGCAUUCAGCACACUCACUCGCCUCGUGUACCUGCCUUGUACUCCCCUGGUGGGCAAGCUGCCCUCUCUGAAGCUCAUGCCGUCCCUCAAGGCUGUGGCUGCACGCAGCAACUUCCUCACCGGUGCAGCAGAGGCCCCCCCUCCAUGCCCCACAUACCAGCUGCUGCUGCACUCCAACUGCUUUGCUCGCAACCUCACCAUCUGCAGCACCCAGCAAACCAUGAAGGAAGCUGGUUGGUGCAAGUGGUUCUGUGGGAUCGAGCCCAUGAACCCGCCUUGCAGCGGCCAUGGAGUGUGCUACUCCCUGCCUGAGAUCCCUGCUACCUGCGCUUGUGAUUAUGGUUAUCAAGAAGGAACUGCUGCUGACACAUGCGUCCCACGAGGGCCAUACAUCCCCUCCGACCUCUCCUCCUACUCGCACCCGAUGGCUCUCUUCCAGUCGGCCUCCUCUGCCCCCAACGGCUCCAUCUUCCUCUCCUCUGCGCCAUCCACUGCAUCAUGGGGAGCAGCCUUCACACAGCAGCCCAUCGCCCUCUUCCUCCCCACCGCUCGCAAGGCGCCCUGUUACCAGCCCAUUGCCUUCUUUGUUUCAUUUGCGUUUAGGAUGACCCCUGCUGCCGCUAGUACAGACACUACAGCAGGGGAGGGCCUGGCGUUUGUUGUGACUUCAGCUGCACCGCAGGGAGCAGCAGCGAUUGUGGGACUGGGAGGGGUGGGGCGGCGGAGUGUGGGAGUGGAGUUUGACUCGGUGCUGAGUGUGAAGCACAGCGACCCCAACGACAACCACGUGGGCGUCAAUGUGGGCGGCUCACCUGUGUCCCUCGCCUCUGCCACGGCCCCUCUCAUCCUCAACGACGCCCAAACCAAGCACGCCUGGAUCCACUACGACCCCACCAGCGGCGGCACUCUCCGAGUCUUCCUCUCAGCAUCCAGGCAGCAGCCGUCAAAGCCUCUGCUGACAGCGAGAGUGUCUCUGUGCAGCGUGCUGAAGCCCACCGUGGGCGAUGCCUCCUUCUUCUUUGGCUUUGUGGCUGCUUCUGCCAGCAGGUCUCAGCAGCACGACAUCCUCUGGUGGAACAUCGUCACAGGGGUGCAACCUGCACCAGACUGGCAGAAUCAGGCACCUGGCAGGGCUUUUGGCCAAGUGGCAUCAGCACAGGAGGUGGCAGCAGGCAGUGAGGGCGACAGUGUGCCUUCUUCCUUCCACUAUGCCAGCCUUUUCUUCCGCUGCAAUGUGUCUGGGCUGCCUUCCUGGGACCUUCCUCCAUCUAUCUCUUGGAUGCAAGACGAGUCAACCUGGCCUGUGAUGAACCAGCAUGGAUGCGCCGAUUCCUCGGCGUUCGCAGUGGUGGCAGCGGUGGAGGCAGCCUACAGCAUCGCGAGCGGCUGGUCGCAGCCCCCCCGGCUGUCUGUGGAGGCUCUGCGCGUGGCCCUCUCGUCCAACUGUGACGACAUGUCUCCCCGCGAUGUGCUGGCCUUCCUGGCAGCUGCCACGCGCAAGGGAGGGGGGCUCGUGGAUGAGGCAGCAGCAGCAGGCGCCAGUCAACGCAGCAUGGCGUCCGCGGGCCGGCGGGAGAGGCUGCAGAAGCCCAAGUACUACGGGAUUGUGGGCUUCGAGGAGACCUCGUUUGGCGGGUGGCUGGGGCUGCUGCUGGCAGUGCAGCGGCAGCCAGUGGUUGUGAGAAUAGAGGCAUCCGCACCAUCGUUCCUCAACUACGACGGGACAUACACGUAUGCCGACAGCAGCUGCUUUCAGGAGGGAGUGAAUCACGCGGUGCUUUUGGUGGGCUAUGCUUUGGAGGACAGCUCUUCCUGGUUGAUCCGCAACUCAUGGGGCAGCGGGUGGGGGAAUGCAGGCCACAUGCUCAUAAAAAUGCAGAGCGGCCCGGGCAUCUGCGGCAUCAACACACUGCCAGGCCUCUUCCCAAUCAUCAAGGUUGCUGCUGACCCAUGUGGCAGCAAGUCCAUGCAGCUGCCAACAUCAUCGGAAGUGGCAGAAACCAAUGCGUUCAACCCGUGUGGGCAGUUCAAGUGCUCCAAGUCUGGCUCAUCUAACCGCUGUGCCUGUGCUGCUCCACACUUUGUGGAGGCCCUUCACUCCGAUGGCUCAAAAACAUGCGCCUAUGUGGACGCCUGUGGGCUGGCAAGCAGCAACCCGUGUGUGGUGGGCACGUGUGUGAACGAUGGCAGGGGCAGCUACUCUUGUGUGUGUCCCCCGGGGUUCAUUCAAGGAACCACCGCCAAUGGAACCCUCUCCUGCGCUCCUGGUGACAGCAAGGGCAGCUUCACGGUACUGGGCAGCAAUGUGCGGUGCUCUCACUUGCUGCCUGUGCUUGGCCUCACACUGGAGCAACUUAAGCAGCAGAACAAGAAGCUCUCCUGCACCAAGCCGAUCCCAGUGAACUCCAAGGUUAAUGUGAAGCCGCCUUUGCCUCUGCCAAGGUGCUCUCUCUUCUACACCACCCAACCUGAGGAUAGCUGUGCAUCGAUUGCAGCGCUGUUCGGCCUGACCACGGGGUGCCCCGUGGAGGGUGAGGCAUGCGGGGAGGCGGUGGUGGGGCUCAACCCCGGGCUGGACUGUGCAGCGCUCACGGGCAGCCAGGCCGUGUGUGUGGAGAGGGAGGAGAGCAAGGCGGGGGUGGUGGCAGUGUGUGAGCAGCAGUACGAGCUGCAGGGCAGUGGCGGCUGCGAUGCUGCAAGGAUGGCCGUGGAUCCACCUCUGAGCCCCUUGGAGUUCCACCGCCUCAACCCCGGCAUCAACUGCAACACCCGCCUGCCGACUGAUUCAGUGGAGGGUUAUUCACGGCGCAAGGUGUGCAUCAGUAGCAACACCAGCUACAAGAUUGCGACGUGCCCAGGGGGCAGCUACAGAGUGGCAGCUGGAGACAGUUGUGCCAUGAUUGAUGUGAAGGGGUUUUCUAGUAUUAGGGGCUGCUACAGGAAGUUGAACGGCUUUGAGUGCCUAGAGAAGAUGAUCGUUGGUACAACAGUAUGCACCCCUACAGCUUCUAGUGCAAGGGUAGGAAUAUGCUCAAUGGUGGAAUAAAUUUAUUCCACAUGGGUUGAAUUGAAAAGUUAAGCUGCAUGUACCACCCGCGGUAAUUUUUUUCCUUGUGUAUCAUGAUUCCAU